GUGUUUUAAAUUAAUUGUGAAAGAGAAAUAAGAUAAAAAAAGAUUUGAAAGUGAUUAAACUAAGGAUAAUUGUGUAACGCAAGUAAAGUGGAUCAUUCAAAAGUUUCAAACGUUGGCGCUUUGGGGGUUACGAUCGCAGUAGGAUCAUUGGAGAUGCAUCUACCAGAGGGACCAUUACCGCUGGAUCCAAUCCAGGCGAUUCGCGAUGCUCUGGCACAUUGUCAUGGGGAUCUCGUACAAACUGGAAGUCCAGCAAUCUUUUGCAGUAUGUUACCGACUCAUUGGAGAUCGAACAAGUCGCUUCCGUUGGCGUUCAAGGUCGUUACACUUGAUAACGUCGAAGACGGAACGGUUGUCACGAUUAGGGCAGGAAAUGAUGAAAACUGUUGCGGCGAACUCAGGAACUUCACGGCGAUCAUGAAGAACGGGGUCGCUAAGUUCAAUGAUCUAAGAUUUGUUGGUCGUAGCGGCAGAGGUAAAUCUUUCUCACUGACGAUACAGAUUGGUACUAAUCAAAUAGCAACUUACAACAAGGCAAUCAAAGUAACCGUGGACGGACCAAGAGAACCAAGAUCCAAGUCUAAUUACCAAUAUGGUCAUGGACUCCAUCAACUUGGCCUAUUCUCUCCGUGGGUGGAGAGCGCGAUCUUUUGCUCACCCGCAUGGCCGUACCCUCAUCCAGCGUUAGUGAAAGGAACACUCCAAUUACCACCGACUGAUAUAUUUCAACAGCCGUUCUCGCCAACUAGCGUACUACCCGCCGUUUAUUCCAUUGAUCAUCCGUCGAAAUAUGCAAUGGAGUAUAUACCAUUAACAGGAAAAACAUUGUCGACUAUAUCAACAACUACGACAACGACAGCCCCAUUAACGAUACCUGGCAGCCCAGCAAGAACAACACCACCAAGAAGUCCAAGUGAAUCCGGUAGCGAAGUCACAACCGAAGAAGUUCGUAGUAGCGCCUUCGUUCCAAUCAGGCAGAACACCCUACCACACCAUUUACCACCCGUCACAAAACCGUCCUCAUCUUCGCCCGAAAGAAUUAUACCGAAGAAACCGACGGAAGGUACCAGAAACGAAUUGAAAGCACCAACGGCAUAUAUUUCUAACAAAAGUGCAUCAAAAAGGACAACACCAAAUACAACAACACCGUCAACGACGACCACCAAGUUAUCUUCUACAACUACUACGAAAGCUGUCGUUUGGAGGCCUUACUGAACUCUAUAGGAAAGAUCAAAAAUGAAACAGAAAUGAAGGAACUUAGAUCCUCUGUUCCCCUGGAAGGCUAGUGAUACCACGCGAAGGAAGAUGUUAGGAGUCUAGAAAAUAAAAAAACAUGAACCCAAUAUCAUACUUCGAUUCCUUCGUUUAUCGAGUUUUAUCGUAAAUGAUUCUAAUACUGAAUUCAUAUACGAUUAACUGCCUUCGGUUUUACGAAGGAAACCAAUAUAACAGACCAAACGCGCGUGCUGAUAUCUUUUGUAUUAGGGAAAGGAUACACACACCUCGCUUAAUGUAUCAUCAUAUUCAUAAGACGAAAUAUCUUCUACUGUAGAUUGUUAACAUUGUAAAAUUUGUAUAUAUGUGUAGAUUUAGUUCAUGGACAAUAAUACAGUGAUAGUAAAAAAAGAUACUAUAUAGAUUAUAAAUAUUAUAUAUUUAUACGUGUAUACAUAUAUGUGUGUGUGAAAUCUUAAAUAGACUCCCACCUAAAACAAAUCAUAUAUACAUAGACAGACACCCAAACAAACACACACACACACACACACAUAUGUACAGGAUUCCGUCCAUUUACGCGGGGAUUCAUUUUAACGAGUUACGAUAAAACCCUAAUUCUGUGAUUCCUUAGUGUAAUUUAUUUCUUAUUCGUGUAGAAUUAUUCUCCUAUCCCAUUAGAAACUAAAUAUUAGGUGAAGCAAUUAACUCGGUGCCUUUUAAACAUAUAUAGCGUUGAUUUAUAAAAUAAUCAUACAUCCGUUAUUUUUCCAAAUAGUUUCUAUUAUUUUCGAUGACUUUAAUUCACACCUUUCGAUGAACUACCAAAUUGUUGCAAUGAAUUUAAUAUUAAAACACCGAACUAAUUGUUACACCUAUUUCAUAUUUUAAAACGUAGAAUAGAUUUUUAUUUGAAAUAGCUUUUCAUGCUUCCAUUUACGCGCUGUUAUCGUGGAACCAAUUAACCGUGUAAGUGGAAGGAUUACUGCUCACACACGUAUACCUAUAUAAACAUAUACGAGUGUUUGUUGAAACCUGAUUACGUGCAAGAAAAAAAAAACAAAAGGGUGAAAAGAUAGAUAAAAGAAGUAAAAAAAAUAAAAAUUAUUUAAAAAGACGAAAAGUAUUGCUAUUAUUGAUAAGUCAGAGAUGAUAUUUGUUGUAAAAAGAUGGUUCAAAAAAAAAAGAGAAAAGAAAGAAGUAAAUAUAU